AUGGAUCAGUGUGAGGACAGAGAGGAGGGAGUCCCUCCCUCUGAGACCACUCUGUGUGGAGGACAUGAAGGCCAGAGCAAAGAUCAGAGAGUUGACCAGCAGAAGUCAGACGGUACCAGAGUUCAGUGUGACCAGCAGCAUCAAACACAGCUGGACCUYAUAUUUAUGCAUCUGGAGGACAGCAUUGUUACUUUUGUGAAGAACGAGCUGAAGAAGAUUCAGAAGRUUCUAARUCCAGAUUAUCCAGAAYGCUCAGAAAUUCAUAUGGGUGAAAAGGAGGUGUUGGAAGGUGAGGAAGAGGAGCAGAUGAGGAGCAGCAGACAAGCAAUUGUGAAGAUCACACAGYACUUCUUGARGAGGAUGAAGCAGGAUGAUUUGGCUGAUCAUCUGCAGAACAGUCUGGAUGAGUGUCGACUUCCUCUGGACUUCCACAGGAACCAGGUCCUGACUAAUGUUACAGAGUCCACCUCAGUGGAUUUUCUCUUGACUAACCUCUUCAGAGGGAACCUGCUGCCUUCUGCUUGCCUCUGGAUAACCACAAGACCUGCAGCAGCCAAUCAGAUCCCUGCUGACUGUAUUGGCAUGWUGACAGAGGUCAGAGGCUUCACUGAUCCACAGAAGGAGGAGUACUUCAGGAAGAGAUUCAAAAAUAAAGAGCAGGCCAACAGGAUCAUCUCCCACAUCAAGGCAUCACGAAGCCCCCACAUCAUGUGCCACAUCCCAGUCUUCUGCUGGAUCACUGCUACGGUUUUGGAGGAUGUACUGAAAACCAGAAAGAGAGGAAAACUCCCUAACACCUUGACUGAGAUGUACAUCCACUUCCUGGUGGUUCAAACCAAACUCAAGAAGUUAAAGUAUGAUAGAGGAGCUGAGAAAGAUCCAGACUGGAGUCCAGAGAGCAGGAAAAUGAUUAAGUCUCUGGGAAAACUGGCUUUUGAGCAGCUGCAGAAAGGAAACCURAUCUUCUAUGAGUCAGACCUGACAGAGUGUGACAUCGAUAUCAAAACAGCCUCAUGGUACUCAGGAGUGYUCACACAGAUCUUGAUAGAAGAGAGCGUACUUCACCAGGACAAGGUGUUCUGCUUCAUCCAUCUGAGUGUUCAGGAGUUUCUGGCUGCUCUUUAUGUUCAUUCAACCUUCAUCAAGACUGGUGUCAACCUUUUGGAAGAAGCACAAACAAUCUCCAAGAGGUCAUCUUUGUUUAAGAAGACAAAACCAAAGAGUUUUUAUCAAAGUGCUGUUAAAAAGGCAAUGCAGAGUCCAAAUGGACACCUGGACUUGUUCCUUMGCUUCCUCCUUGGUCUUUCACUGCAGACCAAUCACAGUCUCCUACAAGGUCUCCUGACAGAGAGAGGAAGUAGCUCGGAGACGAAUCUGGAUACAGUUCAGUACAUUAAAAAGAAAAUCAGUGAGAAUCUUUCUGCUGAGAAAAGCAUCAACCUGUUCCACUGUCUGAAUGAACUGAAUGAUCGUUCUUUAGUGGCAGAGAUCCAACAGUCUCUGAUCUCAGGAAGCCUUUCCACAGACGAUCUGUCUCCUGCUCAGUGGUCGGCUCUGAUCUUUAUCUUACUGUCAUCAGGAAAAGAUCUGGAUGUGUUUGACCUGAAGAAAUAUUCUGCUUCAGARGAGGUUCUUAUGAAGCUGCUGCCAGUGGUCAAAGCCUCCAACAAAGCCUUAUUGAAUAACUGCAACCUAUCAGAGAGAAGCUGUGAAGCUCUGUCUUCAGUUCUGAGCUCUCUGUCCUCCAGUCUCAGAGAACUGGACUUGAGUAACAACAACCUGCAGGAUUCUGGAGUGAAGCUUCUAGCUGCUGGACUGGAGAGUCCACAUUGCCAACUGAAANGGAUUGGACUACUGAAUUACUGUGAUCUCUCAGAGAGAAGCUGUGAAGCUAUGUCCUCAGUUCUCAGCUCCCAGUUCUCCAGUCUCAGAGAACUGGACCUGAGUAACAACAACCUGCAGGAUUCAGGAGUGAAGCUUCUAGCUGCUGGACUGAAGAGUCCACACUGCAAACUGGAAACUCUCAGGGUGGAGCCCGCUGGAGUCCAAUGGUUGACACCAGGUUUGAGGAAAUACUCCUGUCAGCUCACAGUCAACACAAACACAGUGAGCAGAAAACUCAAACUGUCUGACAACAACAGGAAGGUGACCUAUGUGGAGAAGGUCCAGACAUAUCCUGAUCACCCAGACAGAUUUGAUAACUGGCCUCAGCUGCUGUGUCAAACUGGUCUGACAGGUCGCUGUUACUGGGAGGUGGAGUGGAGGAGAAGAGUUGAUAUAGCUGUAAGUUACAGAGGAAUCAAAGGGAGAGGUGGCACAGCCUGUGUGUUUGGAUGGAAUGAUCAGUCUUGGAGUYUGAACUGCUCUGAUGUUGAUGGUUAUUCUGUUUGGCACAAAAGCAGACAAACGCAGGUAUCCUCCUCCUCUAUUUCUGAUAGAGUAGCCRUGUUUGUGGACUGUCCUGCUGGCAUCCUGUCCUUCUACAGAGUCUCCUCUGAUGAACUGAUCCACCUCCACACCUUCAGCACCACUUUCACUCAACCUCUUUAUCCUGGAUUUACUGUGGGGUCUGGUUCAGUGCUUUUGUGUUGAGUUUCAAAUAAGUUGUCUUCUGUCAUAGAAACAGUCUGACUGCUGGUGAUGGUGAUUAAGUCACUGAAAACUACAGGAAAAGAUGAAAGGAAUUCAAUAAAUUUUUUAUCUUUAAUGACAACAAUUUCAGUACUUAAUUUCACUGAUUUUGAGUUUCUAUAACCAGUUAUUGUGUAUUUCUGCUUUGUAGUGAUCUACAUUUAAUUUUUGACUUUUCUAAGUUGAUUUUUUUAUUACUGUAUG